GGGGGAAGCACGUAUAAACAAUGGCGUCGUCUGAACCUUCGGAUGAUCGAAAAAGAGUUAAAAUCUUAAUUAUUGGUGCAGGGAUGGCAGGAUUAUCAGCUGCUAACCAUCUAGCCAAAAACGGGAUGACCGAUUUCCUCGUUUUGGAAGCUUCAAACAAGAUCGGAGGCCGAAUUUUCUCUGCACAGACAGGAAAGCACAAACUAGAACUUGGUGCCAAUUGGAUCCAUGGAGUUCUUGGCAACCCGCUGUAUGAAAUAGCUGUAGCCAAUGGUCUAAUCGACAUUGUUCACGUACCAAAGCCUCAUCGAGUAGUUGCAGCGACAGAGGAUGGGAAACAAGUACCCUUCGGAGUACUGCAGGAAAUGUACCAGGCUUACAUUUGUUUCCUUCGGAGAUGUGAAGAGUAUUUCUUAUGCCAGUAUCUGCCACCUGAAGGUAUCAAUAGUGUGGGCGAACACUUGGAUUUGGAGAUGGCAUUGUUUUUAGAAAGAGUGAGUGAUCCAGCUCAACGCCACCUUCGGUCCCUCAUUUUUCGCUGCCUUUUGAAACGGGAGACGUGCAUAGCAGGCUGCCAUAGCAUGUCUGAUAUUGACCUCAUGCAACUGGGUAGCUAUACAGAACUCCAGGGAGGAAACAUAGCUUUACCCUCUGGUUACAGUAGCAUAUUAGAACCUGUCUCUAGAUUGAUACCACCUCAGAAUGUUUUGAAAAAGCAUCCUGUGGCAACAAUUCGUUGGCGCUACAGUGAGGAGUUAUUGGUUGGCAAUUGUGUUACUAGCCCUGGAACAGACUCUGGAAUAGAUUUACAUGGGUUAGGAGAUGGUGGUAAUGAAUCUGAUGACUCUGACGUAACAGUCACUGGAGAUACUCCCCCUGACACAUCUCCAAAUUCGAGCAGGGAACCAAGUAGUGAAAAAGAGUGCAUUAGUGUUGUUGAAAAUUUAAAAGUAGAGGAUCCUAAUAAUACCACAGCAGAAGGUGGAACCAAUAAAGACAACGAAUCAUCCGAAGCACCAAAGACUGAAGGAGAAAGAGGGGCUGGUAUUCAGGAUCAGAGAAAAUUUGAGGGCCUUCCUAGGAGACGAAAGAACAAAAAACGAAGAUCCCACCAACCAAAUGUAGAAGUAGUCUGUGAAAAUGGACAGCAAUUCUAUGCUGAUCAUGUUAUAUGCUGUGUCCCAUUGGGAGUGUUAAAAGCACAAGCCUCUCAGCUUUUUAGCCCAUCUCUUCCUCAGUUCAAGCUGAAAUCAAUAGACAAACUUUUAUUUGAUACAGUGGAUAAGAUUUAUCUUGAAUAUGAUAGACCUUUCCUGAAUCCCGAAAUUUCAGAAGUUAUGCUAUUGUGGGACUCAGAAGAAUGCUGCAAUGAUUCCAAAGAUAUGAAAAACAAGUGGUUCCGUAAAAUAUACUCAUUUUCCAAACUGUCAGAAACUCUUUUACUAGCGUGGAUCUCAGGAAAGGAAGCUGAAUACAUGGAAACGCUAUCUCAUGAAGAGGUUGCAGAGACCUGUACGAUCAUCCUCCGAAAGUUUUUGAAUGAUCCCUUUGUUCCACAGCCAAAGUCAUGUAUUUGUACAACUUGGGGCUCUCAGCCUUAUACACGAGGAGCAUACACAGCAAUUGCUGUGGGAGCGUCUCAGGAUGACAUUGACAACGUGGCUCAGCCUCUUUAUUCCAAUGAUCAGCAAGCAAAGCCUGUUGUUUUAUUUGCUGGUGAGCACACCCACAGCAGCUUUUACUCAACUGUUCAUGGAGCUUACCUAACUGGUAGAAGUGCUGCACAGAUAUUACUGGCACCAGACUCCCCUGAAGAACUGAUUCUUGAAGUUGAUGAAGAUGCAAGUGAUUUGAGCUCGUGGAUUCAAGGAAUUGCUCUCCAAUGAGCUGCGUAGUUGUUUUUGCUCAGUAGUCAAAAUGAAAACUGUGAUGCGUUUUUGUGUGUUAGUGAAAGUCCUUAGCUAAACAUUUCCAGUUUAGACUUGCAGUAUUGUUCUGUGAAUGACUCCUAUAAGUCAAAGAGUGCACUCUGGUUAUAAUUUAUUUUGUGUUGAUUGGUUUUGUAGCAUAAUAGCAGCAGAUUGUAUGCAAAAGCCCAAAUCAUUGAACUGUCAUUUUUUAAAGCUGAGUACUUUUGAAAGAAAAACAUUCAUAUUUCGGUUUGAAUGAUGUACAUUAUGUUGACACAUCACAUGAGAUAUUUUAUUUGUUAGUUUAUUCAGAUGUUUAUUAUUCUACUCAUAAAAGACCCUUUGUUAACUAUGUGAUUAUAGGAAUAUGAUUUAUUUUCUGUGUCAAGGGCAAUAGUUUCAGGUGAGUUAACAGGUUGUUUAAAGUAUGCAAGGUUUAAAGGUUCAAAGCCGCAUUUAGUGAACAUCAGUGCUUCCAAAUUAUUGGCAGGUUUUUGAUACCUAUUUUUCAUGUUCAUACAAACCUGAUACUGGUGCUGAAUAUCUCACUCACCUUGCCUGCUUGUUAUGAUUGCUAUUUGAAAAACAAGUUUAAUGUUGUAUAAAAAGCUGUGAUCGUAGAGAAUCUGUUAUGAUAGUUUAUUAAAUUUAACAUUUUAGGAGUAUUUUCAUAAGCAUGAAAGUGGCUUUUAUGGAAAUGGACAGCACAUUUUUACACGUAUUUAUAUUUCUGUAUUUAUUACUAGUGUCUCUCUCCUUUUUUUAAAACCCAUUUUCAUUUUCCUUUUUUUAAUAUUACCGGUAUUUUUUUUCCAUAAAGAAUUUUGGACUCAAACUCAAAUGUUGGUUUAGUUUGAAUGUUUGGGCCCUGCUUAAAGGAGAAGACUCUUUUCUUCUCUUUUUACUUUCAAUGAAAGCUGUCCAUCUUUCAUUGCCAAUUUCAUUACCCUCCCUGCUUUUCUUGUAAGAGCUUUUAUAAGCAGAGAAAUAAGACUGUCAACUUAGUAGUCUCCUUUCUUCAUAUUGUGAUGAAAACUUUGCAGACAUGUGUGGGUCAAUAAAUUUCAAUCACAUUUAUGAGGCUGGUAAAACAUGUCACAAAAAGGUUUGUGACUUUUAGUGCUUCAAAUAAUUACUGACGUGCAUGCUAUGCAGAAUAAAUUAAAGGAAAAAUCUAGACAAUAUUUGCUGCAUUUGUAGAUUUGUUGCUAUUCUUAAUACACUGUACAAUUUGGCACAAUGGCAUCCACACCACACAUUUGGUUUUCUUUCUUUUCAUUGCAGAUAAGCUUUUACUUGAAGUUUUGUUUGUAUGGCUGUUUCAAUAAAGUGAGAAAUCUUUCUAGUCAUUU